AUGAUAAUCUCCUCGGACGUAUUCAAACUCCCGAAAUGUGCCAAACCAGUUAACACGAUUGCAGCAGUGGAAUCAAUCCCUUGUCAGACGGAGGCAACGGAGGAGACUAAGAGUCUCAUCCGACACCAAGUGUCGUCUCUCCUGAUGGCCCACAGGCCGCGGGAAGUGCUUUCCAAGGUCGAACGUGAUGCGCUUAGAGAACUCAAGGCCGACAAAGACCUGGUCAUCGUGCCAACGGAAAAAGGACGCGCCACAGUAGUACUGGACAAGACAGACUACCUUCAAAAAGCUAAAGGCUUACUGGAGGACCGACAGUUCUAUGUCCCAUGUGCAACGAACCCUUUAAAGGCGCUGACACGCGGAAUUAAUGCUACGUUGUUGGCCUUGGAGAACUCGGGUGUAAUAAAACCGACCGACAGACGCAUGGCGAGACCCCAAGAUACGGCUUUGGCCCGAUUCUAUGGCCUCACUAAGGUGCACAAGGACAGCGCUCCUCUCCGACCCAUCGUGUCGCUCAAAGGGACUCCAACGUACGGACUGGCUAAGUGGCUGUUCCGGCGUCUCAACUUCCUGGCCGCUGAGUCAGACACCACGGUCUCUUAGUCAGCACAAUUCCUGCCGAAACUCAAAGUGGUAGGCCUCCAUCCAAAUGAGGUCAUGAUAUCUUUUGAUGUUCUAUUCACCAGAAUCUGGCGAGCGAGACAAUCGAUCUGCUUCCACAAAGCAAAUACGAUGAAACGGAGAAUCGUCUUGGACACGUCCAAGUCCUUCAGCUCCUGAAGUUCUGUCUCAGGACGUACUUCACAUUCGACGGGACAAUCUACGAACAGGUGAAGGGCACACCACUGGGUUCGCCGAUUUCGGGGUUCAUCGCCGAGGCAGUCCUACAACGGUUGGAGUCGCUGGUUUUCCAACACCACAGACCGAAAUUCCGUGUUCGGUAUAUGGAUGAUAUUUUCGUCGUCAUCGAACGGGAUCGAGUGAUGGAAUUCAAAGAACAUCCCAACGCCAUCUUCACGGACAUCCAAUUUACGAUGGAGGAAGAGAAAAACGACCAGUUGGCUUUCCUGGAUGUCUUCGUAUGCCGCAGAGAUUGUGGUGGACUAAAGACCAAAGUGUUCAGGAAAGCGACAAAUACGAUGCAAGUACUGAACUUCAACAGCAACCACCCAAUCAGCCACAAACGCAGUUGUGUAAGGACGCUCUAUCGGCGUGUUUAA